UUGCCCGAACCGGCGACACGGUAUUGCGGUGUGGUUAGAGAUUUUCUUAACUUUGCUAUAGAAUUCGGUUGCUAGUUUCAAUGAUUAUCUAUUUCUAAUUUUGACCGGUUAAUAUCAUAAAUAUUACUUCGCAACCUGACGUUAAAUUUUUACAGGGCAUCAGUAAUAUAGUCAUCUCAAAUCAUCAAAAAUGUCCGUCGACAAGGAGGAAUUGGUGCAACGCGCCAAGCUUGCGGAGCAGGCUGAGCGAUACGACGACAUGGCGGCCGCGAUGAAGGAAGUCACCGAAACCGGAGUCGAGCUCAGCAAUGAGGAAAGGAACCUUCUUUCCGUCGCCUACAAGAAUGUUGUCGGCGCUCGACGGUCAUCAUGGCGAGUCAUAUCCUCCAUCGAACAGAAAACCGAAGGUUCGGAAAGAAAACAACAGAUGGCAAAAGAAUAUAGGGUUAAAGUAGAAAAAGAGCUCAGAGAAAUCUGUUACGACGUCCUGGGUUUACUCGACAAACACCUAAUCCCUAAAGCUAGUAAUCCAGAAAGUAAAGUAUUUUACCUCAAAAUGAAGGGUGAUUACUACAGGUACCUUGCAGAAGUGGCCACAGGAGAAACCAGAAAUUCUGUUGUAGAGGAUUCACAGAAAGCAUACCAGGAUGCUUUUGAAAUCAGCAAGGCGAAAAUGCAGCCUACACACCCAAUAAGGCUUGGGCUGGCGUUAAAUUUCUCCGUCUUUUAUUAUGAGAUAUUAAAUUCACCAGAUAAGGCGUGUCAGCUCGCCAAACAGGCAUUCGAUGAUGCGAUCGCGGAAUUAGACACCCUGAAUGAAGACUCGUACAAAGACUCGACGCUGAUCAUGCAGCUUCUGCGGGACAACCUGACGCUGUGGACGUCGGACACGCAGGGCGACGGCGACGAGCCGGCCGAGGGCGGCGACAACUAAUGCGGCGCCGCGCCCACACGCAUUUGUUCUCAUCGGUGUUUUAUAAGAAAACGAGUAACAUUCGAGAACGUCGCGCGGCGCGGGUCUCCGCGGCCGUUGCGAGCCGUCGCUUGUAAAAAAAAUGUUAAAAAUGUCGUUCGCAGCGGACCUUCACGUUCCGUCUAAAAUUAAAUGUUAUGUGUCAUCUUUGACGGUUUUGUAUUUCUGUAUUUACACUGGAUUACAGAUAUCGAGCUGACCUGAUGAAUAUAAAUAUUUAUAACUUAAGUUAUUAAAAUUACGGUUUCUUAAGUUAAAAGUGUUUUCCUUUAUUGAUUAGAUACGACUACAGCCCGGUCGGCCCCCAAUUAACAUUCCUUUCGCCGCAUGUCCGCAGUGAAAUGGAGAUCAUGAUGGUGAAUUUUUUGAAAAUAAUGAAAUUAGUCAUUAAAAUUGUUAAAUUUUCGCCCAAUAACC